AUGUCCGCUCGCAUCUCCCUUGCACGUCCUGCAGCAGCCUCUGGAGGCUAUGCUCCCGACCCCCAUGGAUUUGGAAACACCCGGUCCUCGUCAGGCUACAGGGCGGCGAAUCCGGACGACCCACUCGAGAAGCUCCGUGCAUUUGCGCGGACGGUCGAGGAAAACGUCGACAUUUACUCCCAGCCCCUCAAACCGCACUUGCCUGCGAUAGGCAGGUUUCUCAUUGUCGUCACAUUCCUCGAGGACUCGUUGCGAAUCGUCAGCCAAUGGGGCGACCAGCUGUGGUACUUGCAAAAACACCGCCAUUUCUGGUGGGGCUUCUCCCACCUGUUUCUUGCCAUCAAUGUUCUUACCAUGAUAUUCGGAUCGGGUGCUGUCAUCUUUAAGAAGAACUCUGAGUACGCUGUUGGUGGCCUUUUGGGCGUAGUUGUGAUGCAAGCAUUUGGCUACGGACUCAUCUUCGACCUGAACUUCUUCCUCCGCAACCUCAGCGUCAUUGGCGGGCUGCUCAUGGUUCUCACGGAUUCGAUGUACACCCGAAAGAAGAUCUUUGCUGGGCUUCCGACGCUCAGUGAGAACGACCGGAAGAAAUAUUUCUUACUGGCCGGUCGUGUCUUGCUCAUUUUCCUAUUCCUCGGUUUCAUGCUGAGAGGACAAUGGAGCAUUGGGCGUGCGAUCGUCUCCCUUGUUGGUCUUGGAGCUUGUGGUAUGGUUGCUGUCGGCUUUAAGGCAAAGUGGUCGGCCGCGUUCCUUGUAAUCAUGUUGUCCAUCUUCAACGCGUUCAUCAAUGCCUGGUGGAGUGUACACUCCGCACACCCACAAAGAGAUUUCCUGAAAUACGAUUUCUUCCAGACAUUAUCGAUCGUUGGUGGUUUGAUUCUUCUAGUGAACAUGGGUCCUGGUGGUCUUUCUGUGGAUGAGAAGAAGAAGACAUACUAA